GGGUUUUAGGUUUUAGCUCCUCCUACUAUCGCUCCCCCUCACCCGUGCCACGCGAACAUAUCACCUAUGAAAUGACAGAACCCAUUUCCCAUUCCCUCCCCAAAACCCUAAACCCUAAAACCCUCAUCUCUCCCUCCCACCAUGAAACCCCUCUCCCCAAAACUCAUCUUCCUCUUCUCCUCGCGCUCUCUCUCCACCACCCCCGCCCUCCCAAUCUCUCGCUUCUCCACUUCGUCGUCGCCGCCGCCCUCGUUCCCGGCCCGGCGGCACGAGGAGGAGAGCCGGGGCGUUAGGGUUUCGGUGUGGUGGGAUUUCGAGAACUGCCAGCUGCCCGCCGGAGCGAACGUGUUCAAGGUGGGCCAGAGCAUUGCUGCUGCAGUCAGGGCGAAUGGGAUCAAGGGACCCGUUCAGAUCACCGCGUUUGGUGAUAUGCUGCAGUUGUCCAGGUCGAGCCAGGAGGCGCUUUCGGCUACGGGGAUCAAUCUAACCCACAUUCCCCAUGGUGGAAAGAACAGCGCUGAUAGAUCUCUUCUUGUAGAUCUUAUGUAUUGGGUUUCUCAAAACCCUCCACCAGCGCAUCUUUUCUUAAUCUCUGGUGACAGGGAUUUUGCUGGCGCUUUACACCGAUUAAGAUUGAACAAUUACAAUAUCUUGCUUGCUAGUCCAGAAACUGCUCCUAGUGUUCUCUGCAGUGCUGCAAGUAUUUUGUGGCAUUGGAAUGCUUUGGUGAAAGGGGAAAAUCUUACUGGAAAGUAUUAUAACCAACCCCCAGAUGGUCCCUAUGGUUCUUGGUAUGGCCAUUAUCGGGUGCCACUGGAGGAUCCGUUCGCUGUUACAGAGCAACCUGCUUGUUCCCGGGCUGAGGAGGUUUCUGAGUUGAAUUCAGAUCUUAAGCUUCGUCCUGUUCCAAAAGCAGUUGUGAAGCUGAUCCGUCAUAUCUUGAAGUCGAAUCCCAAAGGGAUUUCCAUUUCUGAACUUGGUUCGGAGUUAAAAAGGAGUAAUUUGGGCAUAGAAAAAGACUUGUAUGGAUAUAAAAAGUUUUCCCGUUUUCUUGUGUCAAUGCCACACAUUUUGAAGCUGGAAUCUGGGAACGAUGGCCAGCAUCUUGUGAUUGGUGUUGCACCAAAAGUUCCAGAACAAGAUGAGUCUAUUCCAGGCUUAAUAGCUACAGGAUCUGGAACUAACGCUGAAGGGCCACUUAUUGCAACAUCUCCAAAAGUAAAUGGCAAGGACAGCUCUGGUACUAAAUGCACAGAUGGGAAUCAAAUGUUGCCACCGACCCCUGAGGUAAAUGCCAAAGAGCCUUCAAAAAAAUCGGAAGAGUCACAAAUGAAAGUGCCAAAGACGCCGCCACUUGCUGAGAGGGGGAAUAAUGCGAACGAAAGUGAUAACCAUUUGCAUUCUUCUGAAGGAUAUAAUUCCAAACCUGAAGUGGGAUUUUUCAAAAUGAUGUGGCGGAAAUGGUUUGCUGGUGCAGAUGCUGGUUCUGAGAAUACAAGUUCUGGCAUUCAAGAGAAAAGAACUUCUGGUGAGAGCACUGAGAAACCUCAGACUGAGGAAAAGAGUGUAAAAUCAACAUGUCAGACUACUGAUCCGGUAGGUCCUGCUUCAUUUUCUUCAUCCCAUAAAGAAGCAGUUAUGGAUGACAAACUUGUUGGGGGUGAUGAAGCCCAGGGUGAAUUGUCUAGCAGAGAUCCCCAUUUCUUUAAGCAGAUAAUUAGUUGGUGUAAGUUUUGGAGAAAGAGCCCAGAAUCUGAAAGUUCUAGUAAACAAUCUAGUGAAAAUUUAAACCAGGUAACCAUUGAUUCUGGAAAGCAUGAAGUAUUCUUGAAGGAAUCUUUCUGGAAAGAAAUGGAAGCAUAUAUAGAUACACCUCCCAAUGGUUCAGUCCUUGUCUUGCAAUCAAAGAGCAGGGAACAGAUGGCUCAGAAUCUGCAAAAGCAUGGCCCUUUGGCUCUCAGAUCUCUUACUCAAUGUGAUCUUCUUCACCUAGUUGACUUGUUGAUCUCGGAAAAGAGAUGGGUGGAAGAAUGCCCCUCCCAAACUUAUCCUUUCAAACUCAAUCGACCUUGCGGAAACAGUUCGACUUCAACCAAUCCCCCCAAUUCCAACGGGUUGCGGUCCAUCUUUUUAAGGACAUCACAAUCUCCUCAACAAAGAAUUCCAGAACAUGAGAGAGAGAUAAGGCACCAAAAUCCUCGUCAAGUGGAAGUUUCUCCACUGUUUUUUAACAAGAAACCCCAUUGCAAAUCCAGAAAUGAUAUAUUAGCGGAUUGUCAUAAACUUGUGGAUGAACUUGUGGUGGAAAACCCUGAAGGGUUUAACAUGGGUUCCUUUAGGAAACAGUUUCUUGACCGAUAUGGCUAUCCUCUGGAUAUACAAAAGCUUGGGUACCAAAAACUGGCCACUCUGAUACAAAUAAUGCCCGGGGUGAAGAUAGAAUCUUCUCAUAUUGUGCCUUGUAAUGUUGCAAAGAGAUCUCGGCUAGAAACUCCAGUUCAAAGUGCUUUGGCAAAUCAUGUUAGCGGUCCAAUAUCAGAUUCAGAUGGGGAAAUAUACGAUGCAUCAAGUGAGUCUCCAUGGGCAGAACUUGGGCCUGUUGCCAAAAUGGGACCCACACGAAAUGUAAAAGACUUGGGCUCAAAAAGUAGUGGGCCAAAACAUGAUUAUGAAACAUUGUCAGAUGAUUACCUGUCAGAUUCGGACGAAGACACCUCAUUGAUAGAAUCAGAAACGAAGCCUAAGAAAGACGAUGAAGAUAGCUCAUUGUUACGGAUUCUUGACUCGUGGUAUAGUUCUGAGGAGGAAGCCAAUAGAAAGGAGGGGAGGGAUAGUGUGGACGGCAUGGUGGAUUGUUCGCAAAAUGUGCUGGACCCUUCUGAUUCUUCUGGAGCUGGCAGCAAAGUUGAAAAUCCGGUGGCAAACUGCGGAUGGAAACCAAGAAGUGUUAAGAGCUAUUCUUUUGUUACGGAUCCAGCUGGGGAUAAUAACAAGGACAAGUUGAUUGAUGGUAUAUUGACUAGCUUGAAGAAGUCAGGUGAGUCGAGAAUCCAGGUGUAAGAGGUUCAUCAAGGAAAGAGGGAGGAAAUGAAGCAUUCCUAUCUCAGGAAAUGGAGCAUGAAAGAGCUAUUUUGCCGAUCAAAAAAAUAAAAAUAAAAGGAACAUGAAAGAGCUAUUUUGCCGAUCAAAAAAAUAAAAAUAAAAGGAACAUGAAAGAGCUAUAAUAUGAACUGGAAUAGUGGCAGUUAUAAUUAGGAGUGAUCCUGCAAAUAGGCGAGGACACAAUGCAGAUGUGAUGCCCCGAGUAUUAUAGAAGUUGAAUUUAUUUUUUGGCCUUCGGUUGAAUUAUCCUAGCAGGUUUAUUCGUCAGAGUAGCAGUUUGUUUCGUGUACAAAUCGCGCUGGUAGGGUAGGUCUUGAUCUUCAUACGAGGUGAUUGAAUUAGUUGAACAAGGUUAAUUUUCCUCGUGGUGUUAUAUAUAUGUGCUGAAGGCGAAUGCAUUCUGAAGUGGCAUCAGUUACCAC